CGGGUAGUGUAGCACGAGUAGUGAGUACGAGUGCGAAAGCAGUGUGAAAUACGAAUGAGUAGUGUUUGAGAGGGAGCGAAACAAAGGAGGGAAGGAACGAUGAGUACGGUUGAUAAGAUGCUGAUCAAGGGCAUCCGAAGUUUCGACCCAGAGAAUAAGAACGUCAUCACCUUCUUCAAACCCUUAACCCUAAUCGUCGGUCCCAACGGUGCCGGCAAAACCACAAUCAUAGAAUGCUUGAAGCUUUCAUGCACCGGUGAGUUGCCACCAAAUGCUAGGUCUGGUCACAGCUUCAUUCACGACCCCAAGGUUGCCGGAGAAACGGAAACCAAGGGACAAAUUAAGCUCAGGUUUAAAACCGCCGCCGGUAGAGACGUGGUUUGCAUAAGAUCCUUUCAGCUCACGCAAAAGGCCUCCAAGAUGGAAUACAAGGCAAUUGAGAGUGUGCUUCAAACUAUUAAUCCUCAUUCCGGCGAGAAAGUUUGCCUUAGCUAUAGAUGCGCUGACAUGGAUCGAGAGAUUCCUGCACUCAUGGGUGUUUCAAAGGCCAUUUUGGAAAAUGUCAUUUUCGUUCAUCAAGAUGAAGCCAAUUGGCCACUUCAGGAUCCUUCCACGUUAAAGAAGAAGUUUGAUGAUAUCUUUUCGGCAACUCGAUACACAAAGGCACUGGAGGUUAUAAAGAAACUUCACAAAGAUCAAGCUCAAGAGAUAAAGACUUACAAGCUGAAACUGGAAAAUCUUCAAACUCUGAAAGAUGCGGCUUACACGCUUCGGGAAAGCAUUGCACAGGAUCAAGAGAAAACAGAAUCUGUAAAAGGUCAGAUACAGCAGUUGGAUGGAAGCAUUACAGAUUUAGAUACUAAAAUUGAUCAUGCUGAAAAAACAUUGAAACAUUUGACAAAGCUAAAGGAUGAAAUAUCAACUAAAACUACACAACGAAGCACUCUAUUUAAGGAACAACAGAAGCAAUAUGCUGCUCUUGCUGAGGAGUAUGAAGAAACGGAUGAAGAGUUGAUGGAAUUGAAGUCGCAGUUUGAUGAAAGGAUUGCAAAUUCACAAACACAAAUAAAUAAGUUGGAAAGAGAGAAGACUGACAAUGACACAAAAAUUCCUGUCCUUAAGAAGACCAUCAAUGAGUCUAUCUGGGAGAUCAGCAAGCUACAAACUGAAGCAGAAGCUCACAUGUCUUUGAAGAAUGAACGAGAUACUUCCAUUCAAAGUCUUUUUGCUAGGUAUAACUUAGGGUAUCUCUCAAAGCCACCCUUCAGUGCUGAGGAUGCUUUGAACCUCACUAAUCGUUUAAAAUCAAGGUUUGGAGAUCUUGAGAAGGACGUAGAAGAUAAAAAGAAAGCAAAUGACACUCAACUCAAGAUGGCAUGGGAUUGCUACUUGAAAGCAAAUAAAAGUUGGCAAAAUACUGAGGCUAAAAUACAAACUAAGAGAGAGAUCAAGACUGACAUUAUAAAGCGCAUUGAAGAGAAGAAAAGUGAGCUUGAUUCACAUGAACUUCAAUUAUCUAAUAUUAAUUUUUCUCAUAUAGACGAGAGAGAAAGAGAUUUGAAAAUUGAACUGGAUAGGAAGCAUAUGCAACUUGCUGAAAGAGAAUUUGAACUAAAGAAACAUCAAAUGGAAAGUGAACUCCUUAAUGUAGAGCAAAAGAUUAAGGUUGUCAAUCGAGAGUUGGUUACCAUGGCUACUGAUUCAAAGGAGAGAGAGAGAUUUUCUAUUUUGAAGGGAGACUUGGAGAUUCAGAAGAAGAAACAUAAAAAGAUAAUUGAUGACCAAAAAGAGAAAAUAAGAAGGGUGCUAAAAGGGAGAAUUCCUUGUGAUAAAGACGUGAAGAAGGAAAUCACACAAGCAUUAAGGACUGUUGAAGCUGAAUAUGAUGAGCUGAAUGCAAAGUACCGGGAAGCUGACAAGGAAGUAAAUAUUUUGCAGAUGAAGAUACAAGAAGUUGGCAAUAAUCUAUCUAAACACCACAAGGAUAUGGAAUCAAGAAAAAGAUUUAUUGACUCCAAGUUUCAGUCUUUGGAUCAGCAAUAUUCUGGAAUUGAUUCUUUUCUCAAAGUUUUAGAGUCUGCAAAGGAGAAAAGAGAUGUACAGAAAAGCAAAUAUAACAUUGCCGAUGGCAUGCGGCAAAUGUUUGAUCCAUUUGAAAGGGUUGCCAGAGCUCAUCAUUUUUGCCCUUGCUGUGAGCGUUCUUUCUCGGCAGAAGAAGAAGACAGUUUUGUCCAGAAGCAAAGAGUGAAGGCUGCUAGUUCAGCUGAACAUAUGAAAGUUCUUGCUGUGGAGUCCUCAAGUGCAGACUCUUAUUAUCAGCAGUUGGACAAACUUCGUAUGGUUUACGAAGAAUAUGUUAAACUUAAGAAGGAGACAAUCCCUAAUGCUGAAAAGGAACUCCAGCAAGUCAAGGAAGAGCUGGAUCACAAAUCCCAGGCACUGGAUGAUAUUUUGGGUGUUUUAGCUCAAGUGAAGACUGACAAGGAUUUGGUUGACACAGUGAUAAAACCUGUUGAAAAAGCUGAUCAACUUUUCCAAGAUAUUCAAGAUUUGCAAAAGAAGAUUGAGGAAUUAGAAUGUAGUCUUGAUUUUCGAGGACCAGGAGUGAGAAGUUUGGAAGAAACUCAAUCAGAGCUCACUGCAUUGCAAGGCACAAAGGACAAUUUGAAUACUGAGUUGAAGAAUUUGAUGGAAGAGCAGAAAGAUAUGGAGAAUCGUAUAUCAACAAUUGAAAAACGGUUGUACAUUGCAAGGGAUGAGAAAACAAAUGCAGCUAAGAAAUUACAAGAUGUUCAAAGAUUAGAAGAAGAACUAGAGCGCUUGACAGAAGAAAUGACCCAAGUUGAUCUUGAUGAGAAGAGCCUGGCAGAAGCCAUUGGACCUUUAUCCAAGCACAAAGAUAAAAUAUUUGCUGACUAUAAUGAACUGAAAAUUAGACUUGACCAAGAGUUUGAGCAUCUGGUUGAAAAAAAGAGAAUUUAUUAGCAGGAAGCCGAAGCAGUUUUUAAAAUGACUUCCAAGAUCAAAGAGUACUCUGAUUUAAAGAGAGGAGACAGGUUGAAGGAGCUGCAGGAAAAGAAAUCUCUAUCAGAAUCUCAACUGCAAAGAUGUGAAUCCAGGAAGCAGGAAAUUAUAGAUGAACUAGAAAAAAGGAAAGAUUUGAUGCGAAAUCAAGAUCAGUAUAGAAGAAAAAUUGAGGACAAUUCAAAUUACAGAAAAACAAAGGCUGAAGUAGAUGAGCUAUUACGUGAAAUUGAAAUACUUGAAGAAAAUAUGUUGAAGGUUGGUGUAUUUUCUGCAAUUGAAACGGAACUCCGGAAAUUAUCCGAGGAGAGAGAGAGGCUUUGUUCAGAGUCAAACAGGUGCAAAGGAACAAUGUCUGUUUACCAGAGCAAUAUUUCCAAAAAUAAGAUUGAUCUUAAGCAGGCCCAAUACAAGGACAUAGAUAAGCGAUAUUUUGACCAGCUUAUCCAGCUUAAGACAACUGAAAUGGCAAACAAGGACCUGGACAGAUACUACAAUGCACUGGAUAAAGCACUGAUGCGCUUCCACACAAUGAAAAUGGAAGAAAUCAAUAAAAUUAUAAGGGAGUUGUGGCAACAGACUUAUAGAGGACAAGAUAUUGACUGCAUUAGUAUUCAUUCUGAUUCCGAAGGUGGUGGUACCCGAUCCUACAGUUACAGGGUUCUCAUGCAGACUGGUGAUGCAGAGUUAGAAAUGAGAGGAAGAUGUAGUGCUGGUCAGAAGGUACUGGCAUCUCUUAUCAUACGGUUGGCUUUAGCGGAAACGUUUUGCCUCAAUUGUGGAAUUCUCGCAUUGGAUGAACCAACCACAAAUUUGGAUGGACCAAAUUCUGAAAGUCUGGCUGCUGCUAUCCUAAGGAUCAUGGAGGAUAGGAAAGGCCAGGAAAAUUUUCAGCUAAUUGUUAUUACUCAUGAUGAGCGUUUUGCUCAACUGAUUGGUCAGCGCCAGCAUGCGGAGAGAUAUUAUCGAGUCGCAAAAGAUGACCAUCAGCACAGUAUAAUCGAAUCCCAGGAGAUAUUUGACUGAAGGGUGGAUUUUAUUUAGUUACAACUUUGAAGUGGCUUGUUGGAGGAUUGACAGAUCAAGUUGUUGAUGAGAUAUAGGAUACUGAUAAUGAUAUGUUCCUAUUAAUUAAAAGAUUGACAAUUGUUGUAGACUAUCAUUUGUACACUAGUUUUUGUAAGCAUGUUUAUAUAUUUUGGCAUUUCAUCCUUUGUGGCCAAUUGAAGUUUUAAAAUCAGACCGGUGUAAAAAACAACAGUUCCUUUUCACCGAUGGCAUUGUGAAUAAUGAUAGGGUUUGUUGCCUGGAUUACCGCAAUCAUUGUGAAAAUGAAUCCAUUAAUUAAUGAAUUAAAUCAAAACACGUGAAAA